CUUGUUAAAGGUUGAGUUGAUUUUUCUCCUUAGGACUCAAUAUUUUUCUUUCAUUAUUUUUUAUUUUGUUUGUUCAUAAAUAUUCUUGAAUUUUAUUUAGCAUAUCUAUUGUAAUUAAUUAUGGCAGCAUCCACCCUUAAAGCUGUGAAAUUUGCACCAGCUCUAACUCGAAGUUUUAAUUUGGACGCUCUGAAAAAAGCCUAUGAUCAAACAAGGCCAGCUUUAAAAAUUGGUAGUCAUACUAAGGUUAUUUGUCAAGGUUUCACUGGAAAACAAGGUACCUUCCACAGCAAGCAAGCGAUUGAAUAUGGUACCAAGGUUGUUGGUGGUGUUUCACCAGGAAAAGGUGGUCAAACUCAUCUCGACCUUCCAGUGUUCAGUACAUUAACCGAGGCAAUGAAAGAAACUGGGUGUAAUGCUUCUGUUAUAUAUGUUCCUGCUCCUGGAGCUGCUAAAGCGAUCAUGGAAGCUAUCGAAGCUGAAAUCCCACUCGUAGUUUGUAUUACCGAGGGAAUUCCUCAAUUGGACAUGGUUCGCGUAAAACAUGCAUUGAUUAGGCAGAAUAAAACUAGGCUUAUUGGACCUAACUGUCCUGGUAUCAUUAAGCCCGGUGAAUGUAAAAUUGGUAUCAUGCCUGGUCAUAUCCACCAACGAGGUAAAAUCGGCAUUGUUUCUCGAUCAGGUACUCUUACAUAUGAAGCUGUUCACCAAACUACCCAAGUUGGACUUGGUCAGUCAAUUUGCAUCGGUAUCGGAGGAGAUCCAUUUAAUGGAACUGACUUUAUCGAUUGCUUGGAAGUCUUCCUUAAUGACCCUGAAACUAAAGGUAUCAUUUUGAUUGGUGAAAUUGGUGGACAAGCCGAAGAACAAGCAGCUGAGUAUUUAAAAGAACACAAUUCUGGUUCAAACUCAAAACCUGUUGUUUCAUUCAUCGCUGGUCUGACUGCUCCUCCUGGACGUCGUAUGGGUCACGCUGGGGCUAUCAUUUCAGGUGGCAAAGGUGGUGCUCAGGCUAAAAUCGAAGCUUUACAAUCAGCUGGAGUUGCUGUAACUCGAUCACCAGCUAAAAUGGGCGCUUUUAUGCUUGAAGAAAUGAAGAAGAGAGGUUUAGCAUAGAGACUAGACCAAAUAAAUCUAUCUAUCAAUGAGUGAGUUAUUAUUAAAGUUCAGAUCAAUUUCUGUUAUUGAAAAAUUCAUGAAAUGAAGAAAAUGUUUAUAAAGAAUAUAUUUGAGUAUUCAAUUGAUCUGUCUAAUGCAGAUAUUUGUGCAAAUUUAUCUUUCCCACUUGUUCGUUAAAGCAAGAUAAAAAGUGUAUUAAGGACUUUUAGUGUGAAUCAAGUCAGUUAUUUUGAAUCAUAAAAAAGAAAAUUACAAUCAUUA